AUGGAAGAUAUCGAACACGUCUUCGCAGGAGCAAUGAAUCUCUUGUUGGUCGUCCAGCCAUGUGAUAAAUUCCCCGAGGGGGUGUACCGUGCAUACGCGAUGCGCGACGGCAAGCCAAAAUCGGCCUACGUCAUGAACCCGGAUGGAGGAGCAGGCAAAGGAAACGUGGUGAAGUGGGCAGAAAUCAAGAAAGAGCACAAGUACGUCAAGUACGAUGACAUUGGAUACUGGUUGCCCUGGAAGAGGUUGCUCGGCGUGCCCAAGAAGCGGAGCCGAGAGCAACUUCUCCACGACUGGUGGCAUGCCGUCGCCGAAGCCCGUCAGCAUGGUCGGGCGGCACCAACCCUAAGCUCAGUCAUCGACACGUACGUUGAAAGCAAGAGACCAGCCAAUGACGAAGGCGCGGCUGCUCAGUCGAGCUUCAUGACGAAGCCAGAGGAAAGCGUGCUUCUGCCCCCUGACUUCCACGACACGGAGACUCGCAAAAAUGUUGCAGGCCGAAACCCCCUCGACGUUUCGGUAGUGCUCGAGCGGAUGCACUCGCUGGAUCGUUCCGUCCGCGUGACCAAGGCUCAAUAUACGGUCCUACGAAAUGAGCUCGCUGAGCGCUUCACUUCACCGCCUACCCUGGCGGAGCUUCAGAAUAUGAGAGAGCAGUACCUCGAGCACCGCGGCCGCAGACCCUUCGACGGGACUGGUGCGUACGUGCGAUGGGUCCGACGCACGAGGCGCCACACCAACACGCGGCGGAUGCCCAUGGUCCGACGGGUUCGCGUACUCCCGGUCACCGCCGACCUUGCGAACAGCCUUGGGGUGACUCUGGAGCAGUUACAGGUGAUGAGGGAUGCAUUCCUGCCACUCCUCAUUCUUAACAAACCUCGCUGA